AGUUUGAUUUCGCGGUAAAAUAAUAAAAUGUGCAGGUUUAUUUUAUUCUUGUUAUCGUGUUGUGCGGCCCAGAAUGAUUACAAUUUAAAAACUAUUUUGUACAUGGCGCGAAGUAGAACAUUGGAACCGAAUUACAAUGAGACUUUUUUUUCAUCCCUGGAGAACUACCAAGUGAACGCAGUGCCAGCGUCGGAAACACAGUAUCCUUGGAUAGCGCGCGUUGUACAUUCGUCCACGAACGACUUGCCGCAUGUGUGUACUGCCGUAUGUAUCGAGAAAAGGAUAUUUAUUACAGCAGCAAGGUGUAUUUACAGUUUAAAAGUAAGCUACACCACAGUAAUUUAUAUGGACCAACGUCUCCCCGUGCUAGCGUUCGUCGUGCCGUCAGACGGGACUAAACAAGCGUUUGACGACAUAGGUUUCAUAGUCGUUGAGGCCGGGUACAUCGGCCCCUGGCCUGUUAUACAAUUGUUCAACGCCGUCAACAGAACUGAUAAUGACUUCCAAUGGUUCGCCAAUAUGGAUGCGAAUGGAAUUGAGUACAGGGUUGUCGGAUAUGCUACAGAGAAGGGCAUCCACCGCAUUAAAUCAUCAGACAGACAGUUCAAUCUCACAGAUUUGGAUAUAUAUUGCGACAUUGACUUAUGCUCAAACAUCAUGACAUUUUUCGGGCAUAUUCAAGGUUUUCGAGUGCCGUGUUAUCACUCUUGUACACUCCUAGAAUUUAAAUCUAAUGACGAGAAAUGCAAAAGUUAUCAUGGAGUGGAAGGAGGAGCUGUGAUAGACUUGAAGACGAACAAGUUAGUGGGGGUGGCGACUUGGGGCGCUUAUUUUCGGAAGUAUGAAUUGCCUGUGGGCUAUUCGGUUGUCAACUCUGAUAACUUUUUCAAAGAUUACAAAUGCGCUAAGCACAUUAGAGACGAUAGCGGUUUGUUAGUUACCACAGGUUAUUAUCAAGGUUUAUGUGAUGCACAAUAAAGAAAUAUGCACUGUU